GUGUGUGUGUGUGUAUGUGUGUAUAGUAUAUAUAAAAUUCACAUUUACUCAGCAUCUGCACACUUUUAUCAAAUUAUUGCUGAGCUAACCCAAAUGGUAAUUAAACUCUCAAGAAAGUAACUGCAGUACAAAUGCUAAACAAGAAAUGAAUGCGGUGAUGGGACAGGCUGAUUGCUUGAUUCAAAUAGAUGCAUUUCCUAUGAAUGAAAGAAGACAACCCACUAGAUGGGAUUAUGCAAGAAGCAGACAGGGUCAUUAACAACUUUCCUCUUCCCUCAGCCUCCAGCAGAAUACAGCAUUUCUCUCUUUCUGCUUAAGUGCUGGUGGUAUCUAUGCACAGCAGUGAAUGGGAGGGGGUGAGGAUGAACAAGAGCACACUCUGUUCGGAGCCAAAGAACAGUGGGCAAUGACUGUCUCUUCUUAAGUGCAUGUAGGUCUGUGCGUGUACAGAAAGAUGGAGUGGCUUGGGCAAUAGUUGCUCUUGGUGAUCUCAAGAGAAGGCCUCUGAAGUGUUGUGGUAGUGGCAGCUCCACUGCAUUCAUGGGAGGAGAUGAGCCAUUAGGGAUCAUCUUAAAGAGGUUCUCUUCCUCAUUAUCAUUAAUCAGAAAGCUCAUUUUUUAUAAUUAAUUAUAUAUGCAUGUGCGCCCUUAGAUGUUGAUAGAAGUAUUGUUUUUCUCCACAGAUCAGCUUCCUUUCUAGGCUGAUCCUAUAGUUUAAAUUACUCGACCUGUGCAUGGUGGAUUCAGCGUAGCAUUGGACCUUGUGCUUGCUGGGUGUGUGCAUGUGGUGGGGAAAGCAUGGCCUUGAAACUGCGACCUGGAUAGCUCCCUGACAACAGAACUGAAAACCACCUAUGUUCCUGGUUGAUGAAAGAGUUUUUAGUAGAAGUGGUAUCAGUUCUGACUGAAGGGAUCUUAGGAUGGGAAUGAGCACUAGUGUUCUGCAACCCAGCUUCCUCAAAUUCUUGUGGAUGUGCUUUGCAGGUUACAAGCAAACCUAAAGAUUUGUCUCCUUGGGCUCUACUUGUAGAUUUGGGAAAGGAUUUGAAGCAGAAAAGAGUGAUGCAGGACUUCCGUCAUGCUCAGUUGUCUAUAGAGCAUAAAUAGUGUCUCUAUGGUAAGUCAGCAGGAGACUUGGCUGAGUUGAAUGAGCCAUGCUUAAGAGAGCAGCUGAGAUGAUUUGGGAAGUCUUGAUGGGAUGAUACUCUGCUGUGUGGACUCAAGAGUUCACCUCUGGUCUGUGCUAACUUCAGAACAGGGAGAGUUAAUCUAAUAGAGCACUAAGAAAACCCACCAACUCCCACACCCUUCAAGUUAACCAGCAUAUUUGACAUUUUCAAUUCCAACAUAUUUUAUCAUCCCUGGUCUAACUGAAGGAGAAAAACACAAUAAUUUGGCACAAAACACUCUGCAUCCUAAUCUAAAUCUGAACUUACAAAUUCUCAUUUGUCUGUCUUCCUGCCUCAGUGCCUACAUUGUAGUGGCCCAUGCAACAUCCAAGCUCUUGCUGCAGUGUGGGACAUCCAUUUAGAGUUUGAUGCUGAAUUAGGUUAACAGGCUACAGUAUUGUCUGAGGAAGAGGGAUAGACUGGGAAGCAGAUGAGAGAAUAUUUACUCUGAAAUGAAAAUCUUAAAACCUAGAAAUGGCCAUGGUACAAUGAUGUUAGCCUUCGGUUUAAACAAGCCCUUCACACAUUUUCUGACUCACUGAAUUAUUUUUAAGUAUUCUCACUGGGCAAAAGAAAGGUUUCUGAGAGGCCCCAUAGAAAGGCAGCUUGAACUAGUCUUACAGUUAGUAGUGUCAGUCUGAAACUGGACUUCCUCUUUUAGUUUGGCGGCUAGCAUGGAAAAAGUCUGCUUCAGAUAGUUGUUCAGCUUGAUCUUUGGGUAUAGCCUGCAGACUGGAACAGAAAUUGCCUUGGGUUUAUGGGGAAAAGAGGCAGGAAAUAAUAUCUCUAAAUCAAGCUGCAAAUAAAUAUUUGAAUGGGCUUACUUAAAACAGGCACCCAAAAAAAUUAUUGAUUAGGUGGGGCCCUGAUGUUGUAGCUCUUCAACUGGAACAUGCUAUGGAACAGGGACAUUCAGUAUUAAUGCCUAACUACGGAAUUUUCAAUUUCUUGUCUUCCAGUGUUGAGUUUUGUACUGGACCCUUAACUGCUUGAUAUUUCACAAUUGCUUUCUCUAGUGUGGGGAAAAUAGUUUUCUUCAAUGUUCAGCUCAAAGCGUGCCAUGUUUAAUGGGAUGUCUUUCUUGCCAGAUUGUCUGCAAUCCACUUUUGUAAAGAGGUGAAUACACUAAUGUGGGAUAGAAAGUCGUGGUGAGCCCUUUGUAAUGCCUCUUGUGGUCAUUGUCCACUUUUGCAGGCAAGCUGUGUUUAUAAUAUCCUGGGAGUAAGUGAUAUUAUAAUCACUAGAAAAUUCAUUACACUACUUGCACAGAAGCUUCCAGAUAAGACUCCAAAUUCAAACAGAAAUGAUCUACUGUAAAAUGGAGAGGGAGGUGACUCUCCAGAAGCUAUAGUAAUGGGGUAACAUUAACAGCUGCUGUUAAUGUGCUCUGUCCCUUUGCUACCUCUUUUUGCCUUGGUGCAUGGGAGUAGAAAGGAAGGUGUGCCAGAGUCAUAUGUCUUUAAAUGCUAGCACUGUGAAAGUGAGCUUACCUAAAUUCAGACUGCUGCUCAGUGCAUCAUUAGAGCUCAUUGCUGCCAAAACAGAUGUGGUGGGUUGUAGAAUAGGUGCCAUUACAGCCUUUGUAGCUGAGCCUCAAGAGUUCUGACUUGUCUGUGUGGAAGUUGAAUGCUUAACUUCGUCCCCCCUCUCAGAACAUGAGGACAUGUGGCCUCAGUUGUGUCACUGACAGACAGAAACUUCAGAAUAAUAUCCUUACUGUCAGUGCAAAGAACAGGCUCUUUUUACCUCAUCUGCUGCAUGUCAAGCAAAAAAAUUCAUGUUGGUGCUUGUGCAUUUUAUGCAAAAUCCCUUGAAUUAAAUGACUCAUAUUUUGGAGACUCAUUCUGGAAAAUGCUGUCCUUCCUUGUAGCUUGUAUGGGGAAGAGUCUGCAGUGGAUAUGGGAGGUUAAAACUACUGAGAACUGAGGUCUCAUGUAGACUGAUGCUUGAAAGGUGUGGUCCUGCUCCUCUCCUGCCAUCUCCAUAGUGGGUGUUUUGAGUGACCAAUCUUGAUAAAAGCCAUUUAAGAAAUCAAAUCUGUCCUUUCUGGCAGAUGUCUCCAUUUACAUUGACUUGUAGCAGCUGGGAAGUUUCAGCUCAUUUUAGGGGAAAUCAUUCUUUCUCUUUCCACCCAAUAGUGGAAAAUUAGAAGAAAUAAUUCUCUUUCUUUCCACCCAAUAGUUACAGUAAGUGCAAAACCUCUGUAGAAACUAAAUCUCUCUUGGCAAUUAGCUGCUUCCUGGCAGUGCUGAGCAUUUACAACCUGUUUCUGCUUCCAGCCCUGAAGGAAUCGAACUGCUUUACUCAAUUGCCAUCUAAAGCUUUGCCAUCCUUUUAAUUUCUCUGCUAACAUUGCUCAGCACUUGCAAGUUUUAGCCAUCAGUGAGAAUCAGCAAUUGGGCACAGCUUCAAAAGUCUCAUUUUCCUAGGUGGUGGUGUAGUUAUUCUGAUACACAGCUUCCCUGGACAAAGAGCUGUGCUUCAAUGCCCAUUGUUUUUAAUAAGGGGAUUCCUCUUGACCGAGCAAUUUCAGAAGGAGUUUGUGUUGUGUAAUUUAAGGAGUUUUUGUUUUAGAAAGGGUUGGAUGUUCACCUUCAUGGAAAGUCAGGUGUCUGUUCAACCUGAGUAAGUCCUCAAUACAUACACAGAGAGCAUGUAAGAAUGCUGGUGUACCAUCCCAGGAAACUGUACCCUGAGUAGGAGCUGCUGCAAACUCAAGAGCUUGCAGGUGAAGCCUGCAUUGGAAGUUGCAGAAGAUGGGUUAUAUGUUCUUGAAACAAAAUUUGCAAAGCUACUGUCAUUCAUUGCUGAAUUAUGUUCCUUAUUGUUGCAACAUCUGUGACCUGAUUCUAAACUUAUCAUUGAUCUUUGGAGCACAGCACUAUUUCUUUUUGUUAAUUCCACUGCCAUUGUAACCAUGUUUUCCUAAAGAAUACUUGCCUGAAUUGGCUUCCAUUUCUCAACAGUUUGGACAGAACAAGGUGUAACAGGGGAAGUCUUUACAUUUUUGAAAUUAUUUUCUUUGCAGGCUGUUAGUGACUUCUUUUCAUCUUGGUGCUUGCAAACUUUGUAGUAAGGCAGCCUUAGCUAAGCAACUUUUUUUCCCUAAUGUGACCAUCUGUCACUAUGGCAGGAAGUCCUAGAAGUGCCGGAACUGUUCUUCAUUUUGUGGCACAGCACACAUAAAAGAAGAACCUGAAGAUUAAUAUAUAAGUGCUUAAUAUAUAAGAAGUUUUUUUAAAAUGGUAAGUGCAGAAGGAGGACAGAGGCUUGGGAAGACAUGACAGAAAACAUGACUUGUGAAGACAUGUCAGCAACAGAAAAACCAUCAGAGGGACCUGGGUUACAUAAUCUUGUAGCUAAAGCUGUAAGCAGCAAAGUCCAUUCAGGCUCUGCUCCCAUUAACUUAGACAUGUACUUUCGUCAUCUUCAAUUACUCAAUCAUAAUGAAAAAUCUUGAUAAACUUGUGUUUUGGCAGCUUAUUUGAUAUGUGAACUUGACUAGAUUUCCUUUGGACUUUGGGUGUAAACAGUACAUAAAUCAAUACUAGAGAUGGGAGAGUUCAAUUUCACAGGAAUUAUAACUUUAAAUUGUUUCAAACACAGAAAAAAAAGUUUUGAAUUCUACUUAAAAAAUAAAACUCUCAAACAUAUCAAGACAUCUUCUUUGGACCCCAUAGCCCCUUUCUAAACAGAUUUUGAAAGCUUCAAGAAAAUCCAACUCACUCUUUUCAGGAUUAGUCCCAUCCUUACACUAGGCUUGACAAAUCUCUCUGAAUUUAAAGCCAGGCAGUGAUAAUCUUGGCUCAUGCAGCUUUAACUGCAACAUAUCUGCCUCUGUCACCUCUGUGGCUGGGCACAUUCUUUUAGUGCUGUAGAAGUGGUGUUGCAGCUUAGAGGACAUCUCAUGUGACAUCUGACAUCUGGAUGGAGCAAGCAGGAUGGAGUGCAGCUGAAACAGGAGCUGAAACACAUCUCUACAGUGUGCCUUCUAACCUGGGCAUCCCCUCCGGUGUAAACAAGCUGAUAUGGAGUAGCUCGUGUGACAGAACUAUCCUGACCUUAUAGCAAAAGCUUGUCCUAGGGCUUCAAAAUUUCUGUGGUACCAGAGCCUGGCAGUAGCCUUAGAAUUGAAAAGACUGAAAGCAUUAGAUACAAUGUUACAUCUGGUUCUACAAAAGAAAACCCUUGAGUCCAAUUGUGCACUUAGGUUAGGCACAGCUUGACCUCAAUUAGGCGCUUUCUGAUGUUUCCUUCAGGAAUUCAGCAGGUUGCUUUCUGGGGGUAAGAGGAUGGGAGGAGCUGAAUUUGGAUUAUUGAGCAACUAUGUAAACUCCAGAGCUGUUGCAAGCUGUGGAAAGUUGGUGUGGUAAGGAUGAGAGGGUCGAGUGACUGUGAGGCUGUCCCCAAAAGCCAAGGACAAAACAUGGACAUAGAAAGCAUCAGCUCUUCAGAUUAAUUCUGUUUGGAACUAGAACUGGCAGGUGUUCAUCUUCAUGAAGGAAAGAAACACGAGGACUAGAACUGUAGUGUUUACUUCAAGAUGCCCCAAAGGGAAAAUACUCAUCUGCAAGCCUCUUCUUUCAAAACUGCCUGUGUUCUUUCAAUCAAAGAAAAACGUUUUUUGAGAAAGAUGACUUGUGAAGUCUGUGAACAAAGCUGUCUUCACAAGGAUACCGAAUGAAAGACAUCAUGCCUUACAAGGGACACUGGUCUUGAAGGGUGACACUGUGCUCUUAAACUAAACUAAAACACAGGCACUGUAAAAACACUGAUCCUGAACAAGAGUAAGGAUUAUAAAAACUGCAUCAGAAUGUUUGUUAGUCCCAGAAGAGUCAGAAAAUGCCAUUUUUUGCAGCUAUGUGCCACUUGCUUCAUACUGUCUCUCAUGAUUUUUUGGGUACCGUUUGAUAAUCACAUUGUGAGCCAUAUGAAGUCCUAUUCCUACAGAUACCUCAUAAAUAGCUACCAUUUUGUGAAUGACAGCCUGUCUAUCAGCAGGGAUAACCUGAACAGAGUAUCAAGCUACCAGUACUUGAUCAACCACAGAGAGAAAUGUCAGCAGCAGGAUGUCCUUCUCCUAUUGUUUGUGAAGUCUUCUCCCGAAAACCGUCAUCGAAGGGAUGCAAUUAGACAGACUUGGGGUAAUGAGAAGUAUGUUCGUUCUCAACUUAAUGCCAACAUUAAAACCCUUUUUGCUUUAGGACGACCAACACACCAUCUGCAGAAAACACAGCAGCAAAGACAGCUUGAGCUCGAAGACCAGAAAUACCGGGAUUUGAUUCAGCAAGACUUCUUGGAUACUUUUCACAAUCUUACUCUUAAAUUGCUUUUACAGUUUAGCUGGGUGAAUGCCUACUGCCCUCAUGCCAGGUUCAUUAUGUCUGCAGAUGAUGACAUAUUUAUCCAUAUGCCAAAUCUCAUUGCUUAUCUCCAAAGCCUCACACGAAUGGGUGCUCAGGAUCUCUGGAUUGGUCGUGUCCAUCGCGGAUCCCCUCCCGUAAGAGACAAGAGUAGUAAAUACUAUGUUCCAUAUGAAAUGUACCAGUGGCCCUCUUACCCUGACUACACAGCAGGAGCUGCGUAUGUAAUAUCAAAUGAUGUAGCAGCUAAAGUCUAUGAGGCUUCAUUGACUCUGAAUACGAGUCUUUAUAUAGAUGAUGUUUUCAUGGGUCUCUGUGCCAAUAAAAUGGGAAUUGUACCACAAUAUCAUGUAUUUUUUUCUGGGGAAGGAAAGGCUCCAUAUCAUCCCUGCAUUUAUAACAAGAUGAUGACAUCUCAUGGACACGUAGAUGAUCUUCGCCAGCUCUGGAAGCAGGCUACAGAUCCCAAAGUUAAAAAGAUUACUUCAGGGAUUUGGGGUAGAAUGUACUGCAGACUAGUCAAUAUUGUGCUUCUCUGUAAACUGUACUAUGUGGACACAUAUCCUUGUUCAGCUGCGUUUUCUUAAAACUUGAAUAUCUGCAUUGAAGAUCCACUGAGCCAAGACAGAGCAACAACAUUUUAGGUGUUUAUCCAAAAUAUAUGUAAACAUGGAAAGAGGUAAAAUUUACACGUGAAUACUUGGGGUGGGCAGAGGGAGAGGAAGAAGAUGGUCCCAGGGUCCCAGAUUCUGUUCAGAGACUUACUGGAAUAGCUCUCCUGUUGUACUUCAACUUUUUACUUUGUAGCCUGUUUUUUUACACUCUUCAAGGGAUGCAAGUCUGGAUUAUAAGUGAACUAUAAUGGACUUGACUUCUAGACUUUGAAAUGCUUGUUGAAAAUAUCUGUUUCUUUGAACUUGUCAGUAAGUCUUGAUGGUUUUUAUAAAAGCUUUGUCAACUAAGGCAUGUGGCAAAAACCCCCUGUUAUAUCAGAAUGGAGUAGACCUUUCAAAGCAUGAGGGAAGUGGAACUUCUGAUUUGAUGAAUGAGGCUAUCACAGCAGUUUAGGUAGUGUAAACUCUACAAAUAUUCACCAUUUCUCAGUGCUUCAUACAAAGUCAGUCUGGACCUGCACAGCUGACAAAUAGUGAGGGCUAGAAGUGAAGAUCUGCUACAAUUGUUUUCUCAAAGCUGCCUAAAUCUUUGAAAUAGGGAAACAGUGUUUGGAUGCCAUCUGACUUGGUGGUUAAAUAACAAAGGAACCCCCUUUAAAACCUGAAGCUAUAAAAAACCAAAUACCACUUAUGUGACUGGUCGGGCUAAUAUUUCUCUGUCUUCUGAAAACUGAACCAGCACAUUUGAAAAGUCCAAUCUUUAAUAAGCAAAUAAGUUAAGUUAGUUUUCUUCUAAUAAUGCUUCUGUUUUCCAGUAUUCCAAAGGUGAAAAGCAAGCAAAAGUCCCCAGGAGUGUUACUUAGAGCUAGUUACAGACUUAAAGACUUUAAAAAAGCAAAAUUUCAUGCUUGUACUAACAGAGAAGGAGGAUAUUUUCUGUACAAACUUUGACUUUGCAUUGAAGGGAUAGGGAGAUGGUGAUUCACACAAACUCAGUACACACAUAAUAAUAACUAAAAUAUUUCUCCUGAAGUCAAAAUUAUCUUUAAAAUUUCAGGGUUGUUGGUGUCCACAAACCCCUGUACCUUGAAUAUAUCUCAAUGUUAAUAUCACUUGCAAAGGAACAAGAUGCCUGUGCUUUGUAAGCCAAAACAGAGCUAAGUGAUGUGCAAACUGCAGCCCUUAUGAGUUGGCCUGAGGUGCCAUAAAGAUCCUGCAGAGAGCCAGAGUUGUAGGCUGCCUGCAGUCCUUGCACAGCUCAGUCACGGUGCUUCCACAGACUCUCAGGACAGAUAUCUUAGUUGCUCAUUGCCAAACCUGUGGCAGCUGUACAGGACUUGCUAGUUUGAAGCUGUGAGUAGUAAACUUGGUGUAACUAACUGCUACUGCUCUUGGAGCUGUGCUGCAGGUUUUGUGGUUUGAAUGGAUAAUGGCAUCUGUCAUUCUGCAGACAGAAUCCAGGAGUGAGCUUGCUGACUGUUCUCUAAGCUGUUCAGAUGGAGGGUAGGUAGUUACUGGAACUAAGCCAAACAUGUAACUUUCUAUCACUGGUUUUGCAGAAGGAAGAUAAUAAGAUUCCUAACUGGUCCCAAAUGUUGGACAUAGAAAGAGCUCACAAAGAAAUCCUUUAUCAGUGUCAGAAUGACUGACAACUAUAACAGCUAUACUUCAGAAGGAAAAAAUCCAAUUCCUUUCUUGCCUAAACAAAUGGAUAGUAGUACUGGGGAUGUAGAUAUUUAUAACCUGUUGCAUACAGAGAAAAAAUAAAUGCACGUAUAGAGAAAGUAUUGUGUAUUGAAGGAAAGCUGCUUCAUCAGAUUUCUGACUUCUUGUGAGCCAUUUAAAUCAACAAAGCUGCACAGCAAAACUGCACUGCUAGAAAAGCCACCCUGUUCACUAAGGGAAAGAGGGUCUUUAUAUGCAGUAUGCAACCAAAAAUGUGCUAGUAAGACUAUAGUCUUCCAGCAUAUCUGUUUUAUGUGUUGGGAUUUGUUUUCACUCAUACAUGCAAAAGUAAUCUUUAAGUAGCUUUAACUAGCUAACAUCUAAAAUGCUGCUUAAAAGUAGUUGCCAUUAUCUGAAAAUCACUUUUGACCAUUGAAAUACUUUGUUUUACAGUUGGUUUGAGCUUUGUUUGGAUUGUUUCUUAAUCUUAAAAGGGCCUUGAUGUUUGUAGUACGCAUUUUCUUUUGCUGCAGUGAAAAGAAGUUGCUUGUUGAAUAAAAAGGAAAGCAUGAAGGCACUCCUUUCAAAAAAUAGAAGAGACAUAGAAAACAUAUUUUCUGGUUCUAAACACAAAUGAAGAUUUGUACACUUCCAUCAGGAAACUUUUUUAACAAUAGUCUCAGUGCUCCAAUGCAGGGCUGAUAGGUUUUACUUCAAAUGAAACUGUAUCAGCCUGAAUGGUCACUCCUCAUUAAGAGUUUGACAUUGUUGCACAGCAUAUUUAAUGCUUUUUUUUUUUAUCUGUUUGUUUGGUUUGCAUCAGUUUCCCUUUGAUAUUACUAAUUUUUAUACAAAGUAUUCAAUAUUUAUUCUUAAACUUUUCUCUGUACCACAGAAAGACAGUUGUUUUGUAAAAUUUGUUUUGAAUAAACAGACUUAUUUCUUUUAAAAAAAACAUAAGAAUGCAGAAAAGGUAAAUAUCUCUUGUUGCUUUCUUUGUAACUGACAGGAUCAGUUCUGAUACUUUUAAGUGUUGUUCUGAGUUCCCUUUUACAAGAGGACUUCAAACUGCCCCUAAUCCCCGCCCCUGCCCCCGGUGUGUGCAAAAAGCAAAAUUGGUGUUCCCAAGAAAAAGAGAGAGCUCACAAAUUUGUUUACCAAGCUUCUAGGUCUAAAGUUGUAUAAAAUUGCCAGGUAUUAAAAGCUGAACCUGUUGUUAAUGUUAUAAUUUGUAUGUUCUCUUCAGGCAGCUGUUCCCCUGGAGAUGUGUAUCUGUCUACACAAGAUUUCAGAUCAUACUUUGCACCUUUGGAAAAGUAGCUGAUGAUCUGGGGACCAGACAU